AUGUCGGGACAGUCUUUGACGGACCGGAUCGCCGCCGCGCAGCACAGCAUGACCGGAUCUGCCAUCAGCAAAGCCGUCUGCAAGGCCACGACGCAUGAAGUCAGCGGACCCAAGAAGAAACACCUUGACUACCUGAUCCACUGCACCAAUGAGCUGAACGUCAGCAUCCCCCACCUGGCAGACACGCUGCUGGAGCGCACGGCCAGUAACAGCUGGAUAGUGGUUUUCAAAGCGCUCAUCACCACACACCACCUCAUGAUGUACGGCAACGAGAGAUUGAUGCAGUACCUUGCCUCCAGAAACACGCUCUUCAACCUCAACAACUUUCUAGAUAAGGCUGCACUACAAGGGUACAACAUGUCAACUUUCAUCAGACGCUACAGCCGCUACCUGAAUGAAAAAGCCAUGUCUUACAGACUAGCAGCAGUGGACUUCACCAAGAUGAAGAGAGGGGCUGACGGCGUGAUGCGCACCAUGAACACAGAGAAGCUGAUCAAGACUCUGCCCACCAUUCAGAACCAGCUGGAUGCACUGCUGGAUUUCCAGCCCAACUCCAACGAGCUGACCAACGGGGUGAUCAACACAGCUUUCAUGUUGCUGUUCAAAGACUCCAUACGGCUGUUUGCUGCUUACAAUGAAGGGGUCAUCAACAUGCUGGAGAAAUACUUUGACAUGAAGAAGAACCAGUGCAAAGAAGCUCUGGAGAUCUACAAGACUUUCCUCAACAGGAUGACCAAACUGUCCGAGUUCCUCAAAGUGGCAGAGCGAGUUGGGAUAGAUCAGGGCGACAGCCCCGAUCUCACACAGGCUCCCAGCUCUCUCCUUGAGGCUCUGGAGCAGCAUCUAGCCUCUCUGGAGGGCAGGAAGCUGAAGGACCUCUCCACCGCCAGCAGGUACAAUCAGAUCACAAAAAAGCUACUCAGAUCUGAUGCACCACUUAAUGUGAUUGACAUUCAGACACCGAAUGCGUCACCCAGCACCCAGUCAGUGGGCAGCGCCAACAGCAGCGGAGGGGCCACAGAUCUGUUCUCCAACUCACCCAUCGUACCCGUCAACAACCAUGUGCCAAACCUGACCAGUGAGCUGUUCACCCUGCAGCCUAACUUCACCCCCAUCCAGACCACACACACUGUGCCCAACAAUAACAAUGCCUGGGGAGGUGACCUGCUAAAGCCCGCCCCACCCACUCAAAUCCACAGCCCUGGAGCCCCAUUGCACUCUGGGAAAAUGCUGCCCAAUGAUCUGGACUCUUCAUUAGCCAACCUCGUUGGCAACCUGCAGUUUGGUGGGACGCCAGCAAAAAAGCCGGAGCUCCAGUGGAGUCAGCUGGUAGAGAAGAAGCCAACAGGAGGAAGUGGUUGGCAGUCCAAGACCAUGUGCACCAGCACCAACUGGACUCACACCACCCAUCCCAUGGCACCUGCACCCAUGCCCGUCCCUCAGAUGAAUGGGAUGAUCUAUACUGGCUAUGCUCCAGCACCAGUGGCUUUUCCUAUGACGACACCCCAAGUGCCUGUGUAUGGAAUGCUCCCUCCUCAGAUGAGUCAUCAGAUGGGGGGCGUUCCCAUGAUGCCCCCGCAGCCUGUCAUGUACAACCAGCCUGUCCUGAGACCCACCAACCCCUUUGGGCCUAUCCCGGGGACACAGAUGCACUUCAUGUAGGGGUGAUGUUGUAACCAUGGCAGCAAAGCCGAGAGAGAGAAGGCGAGAGGAAAGAGAUGGAGAGAAAGAGUCGAAGAAAACAAAUCCAGAACCAAAUCCAGUGCCGGAGGA